GACAGAACAGAAGAUAGAGAGAGAGAAAGAGAGAGGGAUUUGCAAAUUGUUCUGUUUCUCAUAAUAUUUAUAUCUUUAUAUUUAAAUUUAUUUUGUUUUUUGUUUACUUUUGGUUACUUUAUUAUCUGUUGCACUACUUUUUACUUUGUUCCAAGUUCCCUCUUCCUCCUUUCUUCCUUUCUUUGUUCUUCUUCUUCUCUGUUACUUUCUUUGUUUCUGUUUCUGCUUCUUCUUCUGUUUGUGUUUGUGCAACCAAUUUUUUUUCUUUUGAAACAAAAAGAGAAGAGAGGAUUAGUAAUGGCAGAGAUAAGCCACCCUCCAAUGGAACAACUUCAAGACCUUGAGUACUGCAUAGACUCUAACCCUCCUUGGGCUGAAACUAUCUUAUUAGCAUUUCAAAAUUACAUAUUGAUGCUGGGUACAAGUGUAAUGAUCCCUUCUUUACUGGUUCCUGCAAUGGGUGGCACUGAUGGGGAUAAAGCACGGGUGAUACAGACUCUUCUUUUUGUAUCUGGUCUUAACACACUUCUUCAAGCACUGUUUGGAACCAGGUUGCCAGCGGUAGUGGGAGGGUCCUUUGCUUAUGUCAUUCCCAUAGCUUAUAUUAUCAGCGACUCCUCAUUGCAACAAAUUACUGAUCGUCAUGAAAGAUUUAUUCAUACAAUGCGGGCUAUCCAGGGAGCUUUAAUUGUAGCCUCAAGCAUACAAAUCAUCCUGGGCUACAGCCAAGUUUGGGGUCUCUUUUCAAGGUUUUUUAGUCCUCUUGGCAUGGCACCUGUCGUUGGAUUGGUUGGGUUGGGACUGUUUCAACGAGGAUUUCCAGAAUUGGGCAAUUGUGUGGAAAUCGGAUUACCCAUGCUCUUGUUGGUUAUUGGAUUGUCACAAUAUCUAAAGCAUGUGAGACUGUUUAGAGAACUUCCGAUUUAUGAACGAUUUCCAGUGUUGAUAUCCAUCACAAUCAUCUGGAUCUAUGCUCUUAUUUUAACUGCCAGUGGGGCUUACAGGGACAAGCCAAUUAGAACCCAACAUAGUUGUCGUACAGACAGAGCAAAUCUUAUAUCUACUGCCCCAUGGUUUAAGUUCCCAUAUCCUCUGCAGUGGGGCCCACCUACUUUUUCAGCAGGCCAUUCGUUUGCUAUGAUGUCCGCAGUUCUUGUGUCUAUGGUUGAGUCCACUGGUGCAUAUAAAGCAGCAUCUCGACUGGCUAUUGCUACUCCACCUCCUGCAUAUGUACUGAGCAGAGGCAUUGGUUGGCAGGGCAUUGGUGUAUUGCUUGAUGGUCUUUUUGGAACAGGCACCGGUUCCACUGUUUCUGUGGAAAAUGUAGGCCUCCUUGGAUUAACCCGAGUUGGAAGUCGCAGAGUUGUUCAGAUUUCCGCUGGCUUUAUGAUAUUCUUCUCUAUCCUAGGUAAAUUUGGAGCUGUGUUUGCGUCCAUACCUUUUCCAAUAUUUGCUGCAUUAUACUGUGUUCUCUUUGGACUAGUUGCUUCCGUGGGACUAUCAUUUCUUCAAUUCACAAACAUGAAUUCAAUGAGGAACCUCAUUAUUACUGGGCUUUCACUCUUCCUUGGGAUUUCCGUUCCGCAGUUUUUCAAUGAAUAUUGGAAUCCCCCACGGCAUGGUCUCGUUCAUACCAAUGCAGGAUGGUUCAACGCUUUCCUGAAUACAAUAUUCUCAUCUCCGGCAACAGUGGGUUUGAUCGUGGCCGUGUUUCUGGACAAUACAAUAGAGGUGGAGAAGUCGAAGAAAGACCGGGGAAUGCCAUGGUGGGUGAAGUUCAGAACAUUUAGAGGAGAUAACAGAAAUGAGGAGUUCUACACAUUGCCAUUCAACCUGAACAAAUUUUUUCCACCAACAUAAUUGACCCAAAUUAGAGCUAAUACAUUUUGCAAUCUCAUUCCAAUUCUAAUUGACAUUUUUCUCGAGCUGUAUAGCCAGAAUCAUUUAGCAGAAUGCUGAUCUAUGUUCUUUUAAUUAUCAAUCCAUUUUUUUGUGGACCGCAGAGUCCAGGACAACAUAUUCAGGGCAUGAUUGGAAGCGCAAUAAGAGUGGAAAAUGGCCAAUUAUUUUU